CUCGUCUCGCGUCGUGGAAACGGGACCCCUAAAUUUAGAAGAGAGAUUCUCAGAACAUCUUACUGUUCGAAUCCCGCGUUUUCCGAUAUCUUCCUCCUCUAUCAUUUCCUCAUUUUUUUCAAUUCAACUCUCAUUGCUUCGAUCGGAGAUCUCAAAGCCGCACAAACCACAGCACAAAGGAUCUUUUCUAACCCAAAGAAUACAAAUGGAGGGAACUGUGUUCGCUCCUGCCCUGGAAGGAAUUCAGCAUGUCAAAUCUGAAGCAGGGGAGAUUUUGACCAAGCCUUUCUUGGAAGUGUGCAAACAUAUUUUGCCUGUUAUCGACAAGUUUGGAGCUGCUAUGGCACUUGUUAAAAGUGACAUUGGAGGCAACAUAGCGAGAUUGGAGUCCAAGUAUUCUACCAACCCAUCUGAAUUCAACUACUUGUAUGACUUGGUGAAACCUGAGAUUGAAAGUAAGACUGCAAAAGGAUCAUCCAGUUGUACAAAUGGUCUUCUUUGGUUGACAAGAGCCAUGGAUUUCUUGGUAGAACUGUUCCGCAACUUACUGGAGCAUCAGGAUUGGACAAUGUCCCGUGCCUGUACAGAAGCCUAUGGCAAGACCUUGAAAAAGUGGCAUGGUUGGCUGGCCAGUUCAAGUUUCACUGUUGCCAUGAAGCUUGCCCCCGAUCGUAAGAAGUUUAUGGAUGUUAUAUCAGGCAAUGGCAAUGUUGAAGCUGAUAUAGAGCAAUUUUGUUCAAAAUUUUCACCUCUCCUCGAAGAGAAUCACAAGUUUCUGGCUAGUGUUGGCAUGGACGAGCUGAAGGCUUCGUGAGAGAGGCUGAUCAUUGCUGAAAAUCGAGUGACCGUCUCGAUUAUAUUGUUACCUAUAUGUUAUAGCUUAUUCGAAAUCCCUUUAACAUCCUUAAAUUCAGACAAUCCUCAAGACCUUAAAUUUCUGUCUGUGAUUUGAUAAUCUUAUGUUUCUAUUUUUGUAUGUGCUUUUGUUGUGUGUUGAAUCACAACUAGCUCAUCACCACAUUAUGUCCCAACGGGAGUUCGAAUCUUGUAGAAUCCUCUUUAAAUCCCUUUGACAUUUAUAUAUUGGAAAGUUCAUUAUGACCAAUCUA